UACAAUUCAACCAUUAGAUACAACAAAAAUAAAGCAAGUAAACUGUUUAAUUAUAUGCUAUUAUAAUGAGGAAAAUAAAAACUAUGGGACUUCCGGUAUCAUCACUGGUAACUGUGGUCAGCUUGACUGCUCAUCAUCCUCUGCAUCACCUGCCUGCCUUUUUCCUGGUGGCCGGAGAACAACGGCGCACUGCGGCUUCUUUACUGCCGAUUGUCGGGAGGCAGAACCGACCCGGAGGAUUACCUGGAGAUCUCCUGCUGAUAUUAACCGAGGCUGCUCUAUCAACAUAAUACGGUGUGUGUCAGAUGAGGAUGUGAGGAGUGUGCGAUGGCGUCCUCGUUCUCCCCGCUGCAGUUGGGGCAUCUGCAGGGUCUCCAGGCUCAGCUGCUGCGGCGCUACGAGCACCGGCCGCUGGUUUCCUGUCUGUCAGGGCUAUAUGGCUGCAGGUGGAGGAGAGAGAGGAGCUGCAGGCAGCGGGAGGACUGCUGCUGCAACAAACUGGAAGGCGUCUGCUUCGCUCUGCUGGUGGCGGCUUUCUGCGUAACGCUGGUGUUUCUCUACUUCUGGGGACAGGCUAAGAACGACUAUAAUGACUUUGACUGGUUUACCUUCAGUAGCCUGGGCUUCUGGUUCCCCUGGUCUGUGGUGCUGCUGGUCAUCGCUGCAGCCUUCUUCACCUACGUCACCGUGCUCAUGCUGCUGGCGGUGUGUUUACUGUCAGAAGGUCAGAAGCUUUAUUUACACUGGAGUCACAAGAUUGGGAUCGUUGUGAGUCUGACGUUCUCCAUCGCAGCGACCGCCGUUUUAUCCGACCUCUGGAGCAAAGAGCUGACGACGCUGCUGCUCUCCUUCCGGGUGACUGCCCCUUUCCUCCAUGUGGGGGGGGUCCUCCUGCUGACGGCGCUCUCCUGGCCCGUCGCUCUGCAUUUCUUCCGCAUGAGCAGUCGAGUGAGGCGGGGGCUGAUCCUGGGGUUCUACCUGAGCUUCCUGUCCGCCCUCUAUCUGGUUCCCCUGGGUCUCUACUCUCCUUGUAUCAAAGAGGUCGGGACCCUAGGACCCCCGCCGGCCCUCAUCGGACACAGAGGGGCCCCCAUGCUGGCUCCAGAAAACACUUUGAUGUCGUUUGAGAAAGCUGUGGAGACAGGAAGUGAAGGUCUGGAGACGGACGUCACCAUCAGUGUGGAUGGAGUCCCCUUCCUGAUGCACGAUCAGACCCUGCUUCGGACCACCAACAUCCAGCAGGUCUUCCCCAACAGAACCAACAUGGCCGCUGCCACGUUCAGCUGGAGCGAGCUGCAGAGCCUCAACGCCGGAGCCUGGUUCCUCUCCAGCGACCCGUUUGGGACCGCCGGCUCUCUGACUGCAGAGGAGCGUCAGCGCGCCGCUCAGCAGUCGGUCUGCAGUCUGCAGGCCUUCCUGCAGCUGGCAGCGCAGACGGACAGGCUGGUGAUCUUCGACCUCUACCGGCCCCCCCGAGGUCACCCGUACAGGGACACCUGGAUCCACCGCAUUCUGGAGGUCAUCCACAACGAGUCCUCCAUCAACUCCUCGCAGGUGCUGUGGCUGCCCUCAGACCUGCGCUCCCUGGUGCAGGAGUUGGACCCGGCGCUGCAGCAGACGUCUGGCAGCCGGCUCUCCCCGGAGGAUCUGCAGAGCAACAACAUCGUCAGACUCAACCUGCACUACAGCGACAUGUCCACACACAGCACCAGUGCGUACGCAGCGGGGAACAUCAGCACUAACCUGUACGUGGUGAGCCAGCCGUGGCUCUUCUCUCUGGCCUGGUGCUCCGGGGUUCAGUCGGUCACCACCAACAACCCCCAGCUGCUGAGCUCCAUCACGGCCCCGCUCUUCCUCAUGAGUCCAGACCAGUACAACCUGGUGUGGAUCCUCACUGAUCUGCUGUCCCUGCUGCUGAUCGUCCUCGUCUUCGUCUUCCACCGGUGGAGAGAGCGCGGCCUGGCUUUCUGCUCCGGCACUAAAGUCUCUCUGGAUAACGGCACGUACAGCAAGUUCAAAACAGAGAUGAGUGACAUCUGGUCCGUCUCCAGCAUCAACUCUCAGGCGGAGAGGACGUCCAACCUGGCAACCGUGACACAGCACUAACAUCUGGAGCCAACCCUCAAGCCCCCCCACCCCCCCCCCAAAUAAAUACUGCCACCCUGUCAGAUCCCAGCACAGCUCACUGUCAGACGCACUUUGUUUUACUGAAAUAAAGCGACGCAUAUCUCACCGUGAGGAGGGUUUUUUCACAUCAGGGUGAAAAAGGAAGACAUCCAUUUUUACUUUCUAAUAUAUAUUUUAAAUCCUUAAAACCAAACUAGACGGAGCGUGUGUUCUUGUUAAAGAUGCUGCCUCUUUUCUUCAACCAUUGAAGGAUUGCACGUGUUAAUGAAACCAUGGAAGUUAAAAAUAGAGUUUAAAUGGAUGAAAAUGACUUACCAGAAAUCUCAAUUACUGUUUUAAAUACAGUUGUAUGUCUCCAAGUAUCCAGCACUAACAUCCACAGGUUUUUCAAUUAAUCUAAUUGGAUGAUUACCUCGAUUAGCUCAAAUGACGUCAUCUUUUUAAUGCUCAGAGUUGGACGUUUUUCCACCUAAAGGUGUUGCUGCAAAAAUGCAUGGUAAGUUAAUUGCUUCUCUCUCUUUGGGAACUCCUACGAAUAGCAUGAUCUGGGCCGAAUCACAGCAACUUGAAACCGUAAAAAAAGAGAUUAAAAAAUCACUUAUUUUUAAUCAAUCAAAUAAAACCUCCCAGUUUAGUUAAUUGUUUUAUUUUGGCUCAGAUUUAACCACAAAACCACAGCAGCGCAGCCCGUAUUCAAUAAAAACAGACCUCUGUGCUCUUUGCAAAACGUCUUUUAUUCACCUCUACAUCGGCGGUCCAAAAACAGUUUUAAUGAUUAUGAUCCGAUGCUUGCAAAUCAACGCUAAAGGUUUGUACAUUUACAAUUUCUAGAAAAAUAGUUUCACUAUCGACACAUGAAGGAGGACGUGGUGUUUGAGCUUGGUGACUCACAGUCUGUUUCCUUGCACACAAACAAAAAUCCCCCGGUGUGUAACUGUCAGUUCAUCCAAUUAAAGAAACAGGAAACACCGGCGGAGAUCGGCGGUCUACAUUUGAAGUUGCAUUAAUGACUUUAUAAUUGAUGCCGGCUUAAUAACUCUGAGCAUAAAUAAAGGAUUCAAAAUGCUACGUCACAAAACACACACAAAUUAACAAAUAGACUUCGGGGGGGGGGGGUUCCAAGUCUUUCUGGUCUUUCUUUGAAUCGUUCCAGGAUACGGAUAAUUAAUGAAGAAAACUCACUGAUGAUUCGAGGAACGUUUGGGUUUAGUGAUUGUACCAAUCCUUUCUCUUUAAUAAAAACGAGUGUGUUGCAGAACAUCUCUAGCUUUUGAUCGGCAUCGUUUAUAAAACAUCAGAUAAUAAGCACUUCAUCUGAUUUAAUGGGAGAGAAAGCCAUCCAAAUUGCCGCCCGAAAAACAUCAUUAAAGGCAAAAUGUGAGUUUUUAAGAACAUUUAUGAACAAGUUGGCAUCACGGGGUCACAGGGAACCACCAACAAAUCACAGAGCUGUGUG